GUAUCAGUUAGUUUGUUGAACGACAUCGACACGAUCAGAACCAGUUUUACUGUAAGCGCACAAUCACAGACUCUAGGCAUCAAACAUCUCGUCUCUAAUUACUGAAAAAUAGAAGAAAAAAAUUACUUCUUGUGUGCGUUAUCGCGGUUUUUCUUCAAAUUUUCGUAUAUUCCAAAAGCAUCUGUACGAGCCCUCUUCGUAAUGAAAUAGUGGAUUGAUUUAGCAGAUCAACAUGGAGUGCACACUGAUAUUAGGGCUCCUGUUGUUGUUUGGUGGAAUCACCUUUGCAGUUCCGAUGUACGAUAAUGAUCGAUAUGAGGGUGAUCGCUGUCUACUGGCUGAUAAUGUUACCGAUGGAAUUUGCCGGCAUUACUUGACUUGUGAUUAUCUUAGAAAUUUGCCGAAGCCACAGUGGAAAACGUGCUCUUUUGUGGGAAGUGACCCAAUCGUUUGUUGUGAUGAGAAACCCGUGAAAUCUUUCCAGAUAAUUUCCAAAAUCAGUACAGACGCAUGUGAGCGUUUUCCAAUGACAAGUGGUGUAACGAGCCACAUCUAUCAAGGGGUGACAGCAGCCAUAAACGAGUUUCCUCACAUGGCAGCCCUUUCCUACCCAUCGGACCGACCGGAAACACAGUUUCGAUGCGGAGCAAGCCUUAUAUCAGACCGGUUUCUUCUGACUGCAGCUCAUUGCGCCGACAAUCCCCGGCCGGACUUUGCCCGAAUGGGAGUCGUUAACCUUUUCGAACGGAAUACCAACGAUGAGCCUGUUAACAUUGGCAUCGCAAACGUCAUGAUACACCCCCAAUACAAAACUGUUCCACUGCAAAACGAUAUCGCUCUGCUGGAACUGAAUCGUACAGUCACAGAGCCUUUCUUGAAUCCAGCAUGUCUCUAUACAAACUCCACUGAUCCCGGCCCAGACGUCAUACUUUCCAUCGAAGGUUGGGGAAGAUACGAUUCUAAAACAUAUGAUGCAUCGCCUGUCCUACUGAAGGCAAAUGUGAGCAUUGUCGAUCGUACCGAAUGUAACUACACUGUCGCCCACCAGAAGGCAGUUACGAAUACUCGAAAACUUCUUGGAGAACUACAGAGCACUCAAAUCUGUGCCCUCGGGCGAGAUGACAGAAAUGUAACUACAGCCGAUGCCUGCGAGGGUGAUUCCGGAGGGCCCUUGGAACUAAUCACAAAAAACCGCCGAUACAUUGUUGGCAUAACUUCCAGCGGCAAACCGUGCGGGACAGCAAACUCACCAGGAAUAUACACCAGAGUUUCUCAGUAUAUAGGAUGGAUUGAAUCAAUUGUGUGGCCCGAUCAAUGAACCAAUGAGUUUUGUGAAAUUUUAUUCGAUAGUUUAAAGGAAAAAAAUAAUGAUAUUAUAUAUUUUAUUUAAAAAAAAAGAGCGCUAGACAUUACAAACUAUUAUUUUACAUAA